AUGGUUGUUGAAUAUUAUAUAAGCUAUACGGUAAGGUUUCGGCACUUACUUCUGGUAGAAUUUCCAGUGCCCCAGCCAUGUGGAUGGUGUCAACAAUUUCUCGGCUCGGUCAGUUCAAGCUCUCAAGACAUCGUGCCCAGGUACAGGUCUGGGUGCCACCCCGAUCAGGAUCAAGUGACACGGCGAACGUUCCGAGCACGUUCGCUAUGGCGAGCAAAACAGAAUCGUCGCAAGGACAGCGAAACGGAAAAAAUUCGUAAAAAACCAAAUUGA